CAUAUACCCACUAAGUAACUUCUAAUUGAAAAGGAUUUAUUUUGGUACAAUAAGUUCUUUCUAUUUGAAUAAGCGUUUUUUUUAGUCUUGUAAUGAUUUAUUCUUAGACCUAGAUAUUUUUGAUACAUUUGUGCGUUGUUUUUCCCGUUUAGUCGCAUUUUUUCGCAAAACAAUCCUGAACAAAGUCUGAGUCUUUUAAGGAGAGUACGCUGGGAUAUGUGAAAGAUUCAUUACAGUAGAUUAUUUCUAGGGCAUGCCUCAAGUUUAGAGCUUUCUGAAUAUAUGUCAGUUGCCUCAUACUUUUACAGUCCUAGUUAUGACCAUGCACUUGGUUAUCAAGUAGGUUAUUUUACAGCAUUUCUCUUUGUUAUCUCGUUGUCGUUCUUUACGUGAAAAGGACGUUCAAACCAUUCAUUCUUUGUUUUACAGUUCACACAAUUAUAUUCUGAAUGGCAUUAUUUUUUCUGUUUUAAAAAGGUGGUACAAUUUUUCAGACAUAUUAGCCUAAUAAUUGAUGGAACUUCUUUCUUCUAGGACAACUGUAUAAUGUAAGAGUGCUAAAAUUGAAACUUAAUUGUAUAUUGUACUGUUCUGACAGGCAACUCACGUUUUAAGUUCAUAAAAUUUACACGAUACUGAAGACUAUUGACGACAAAUUGUGGUUUUUGACAUGAUAUUAUAUCUGCUUAUUGUACCCGUGAUCAUAUGUUCCCAGAGCUAUUGUGAUUAGUUUAUAUUUUAUUUUGUUAGCGUCAAAAAAAAUCUGAGUCUUAUCCAUGUGACACGUUGACGUUUCCGUCUGAUCAGUGACGUUUUCUGCGUAUGUAAAUACUAUGUCUGGUAACAUCAAGGCUGCAAUAGUAACUGCGCGAUAAGCAAACGUCAACUGCAAGCGAGACCAGUCACACAGAGAUAGCUAGCUUGCUAGGUGGCUGGCUAGCACUGAAAAUGAGAAAGUCACAGUAACACAGGAGUGGCGGACGGCACUAUUUUUCAGUGUUUCUGCCUCCUGAUGGUGUGGUGCAUUGUUAUGAACCGGGUUAGUAGCUUCCAGAGUGGUGUGCUGGCCCAGCGAAGGCGCACAGCUCUAGGGAUCAUCGUUUUACUUCUUGUCGAUGUUAUUUGGGUGGCCUCCUCUGAGCUUACCUUGUAUAUAUUCAAGCACGAGGAGUACAACAAACCAUUCUUCAGCACUUUUGCCAAGACAUCCAUGUUCAUCCUGUACCUGCUGGGAUUUCUGGUGUGGAAGCCUUGGAGGCAGCAGUGCUCUGGCAGAUUCCGAGGCAGGCCAAAAGCCUUUUUUGCUGAUGGAGAGGCCUAUCUAACAGCUUGUCCUACAGACCACAGUUUGAACAAUUCUUUAAGUGAACCACUCUAUGUUCCUCUGAAGUUUCAAGAUGUUUCAACAGAACCAAACAGCAAUUCCAGUGGUAACUGUGACCGAUCCCCUAAAAAGCACCGUGUUCGAUUUAGCAAUAUCAUGGAGGUUCGGCAGCUUCCCUCCACACAGGCUCUUGAAGCGAAACUGUCUCGGAUGUCCUACCCAGCUGCCAAAGAUCACGAGACCUUGCUGAAAACAGUUGACAAGCUUACUGUGAUUGAGGUUGCCAAAAUUAGUUUUUUAUUCUUCUUUGUUUGGUUCCUUGCUAACCUAUCCUACCAAGAAGCGCUAUCCGAUACACAGGUAGCCAUAGUGAACAUUUUAUCAUCAACUUCAGGUCUUUUCACACUGAUUUUGGCUGCCAUAUUUCCAAGCAACAGUAGUGACAGGUUUACAUUGUCAAAGUUUUUAGCAGUUUUACUGAGCAUUGGAGGUGUGACUCUGGUGAGCUUCUCCACAUCUGACAGCUCUGACGGAAAUGCUGCUCUAGGAAUUAUUUGGUCUCUGGCAGGAGCCAUCCUCUAUGCUGUUUAUAUUGUGGUGAUCAAACGGAAAGUUGAGCGGGAGGAUAGACUGGACAUACCCAUGUUCUUUGGCUUCGUGGGGCUCUUCAACCUGUUCCUGCUGUGGCCGGGUUUUGUUUUGCUGCACUACGCAGGCCUUGAGCCCUUUGAGUUACCCAGCAAGCUGGUGUGUAUGUAUAUCAUCAUCAACGGACUGAUUGGAACAGUGCUCUCUGAAUUUCUAUGGCUGUGGGGCUGUUUCCUCACCUCAUCACUGAUAGGCACCCUUGCACUGAGCCUUACAAUACCAUUGUCAGUUAUAGCUGAUAUGUGUAUUCAGAAGGUACAAUUUUCCUGGCUGUUUUUUGCCGGAGCAAUCCCAGUCUUUCUGUCAUUCUUCAUUGCAACCUUUUUAAACAACUACAACAACUGGGAUCCAGUUAUGAUUGGACUGCGUAGAGUGUUCGCUGUCCUCUGCCGAAAACACCGUAUGCAAAGGCUUCCAGAGGACAGUGAGCAGUGUGAGAGUCUAAUUCCCUUACAUUCUGUCUCCAAAGAUGAGCGAGCUCAUGAGUUGACAGCCAGUCAUUAGGUAGGAAAAAAGUACUUUUACUGUUUGUUCCCUGCAGUUUUGACAGUAAAUCCUUUUUUUGGACAAUGUAGGAAAUGUCCAUUGGUAGCUUUAAUCAUGAGUUGUGAUUAUACUUCUAAAUUUCUCUGGAACCUUCAAAAUUUAAGAGCAUCAAUAUUUGUCACUAGUUUUUCCUUCAUUGCUUUAAAUACAUUUAAAUAUUCUGUCAAUUUUUAAAUAUAAUUCUAAAUAAAAAAACUAAACUUAAAAACUGUUUUUAAGAAAAAAAGUUUGAGCCUUUUUGAAUUUUCUGGAUUUCAGAAUGUUUUAUAAAAUGUGAUAUAGUCUUCUGUUUAAUGAUAAAAACACACACAACAUUCUACAUAACCAAAUCUUUAUUUAACAAAUGAUUCAAGCAAUAAUACUGACAAUGAUAAUGACCUUUUGAAAAGAGGGUAAUUGGAGUCUGUUAUUCCAAUACGUUUCAAAUAUGGACUUGACCUGCCCUGCUAUAUAGAAAACCAUAAUUACUUGCAUUUCACAACAGUAUCCUAAGUGUAAUAUGGCCCAAUCAGAAUGAAAUUUUGGAGAAAAAAUUGCUUAAAGAUAUUAAAU